AAAUUUCUCUGAAACACUCUGAACUUCUUCCGGUCUGCCCGACGGUUAUCUUCCCACAGUGGAAAUGAGACACCCGCCGUCCUUCUUCCGCCUGCUGUUAUUCAUUUCCCGGUGCUCUUCAACCAUUCCAAUCCAUGAGUGUUUUGUUUUUGCCGUGAUUCGUUAGUUUUUAGGGGAUGCUGAAUCUAUAAGCGUAAUGGGUAAUGUAGCCAGUUCAUUGACCUCUGGUAUUUUUUCGGCCAUUGGCAAAGUCUUUGGAUCUCCACUUGAUUUUCUCUCUGGAAGAUCCUGCAGUUCAGUUUGUGGAUCAACAUGGGAUUUCAUAUGCUACAUAGAAAAUUUCUGUGUUUCCAAUUUGCUAAAGAUGGGAAUGGUCUUGAUCCUUUCAUACUUUGUUCUUUUAUUCCUAUGUUUAUUACAUAAAAUUGGCAUCUUUGGAUGCAUUGGUCGGGGUCUCUGCAAAAUGAUAUGGACGUGUUUAGCUUCCUAUUUCUAUGCAUGGGAGUACUGCUGCACUUUCAUGUGUAUCAAGCUUGCCAGUGUCAAAAGAACAAGAAGACGACACCUUAGGAGAAGAGACCUGGAAGAAGAGUUUGAAAGCGAAGAAGGAAAAUGUCAACAUGGGUCAACAAGCGACUCGAGCAAUGUCCCUGAACAUGUCGAGUCGAGAAGUAGCAGACGGGCAUGUCGUCGAUGGAGGAGGAACCACAGAAGUUCUCGAAUGAGAAAAUCGUUGAGGCCGAGAGGUCAUGGAAUUCGAGUAAGGAGUGGUAGAGUGCUGGUCUAUGGUAAGCAUAGAAGAAAAUCUGUUGAGGUUGGGAAUCAUUUGAAUGAGAUACAUAGCUUUGGGAUGUAUGGAUCAUCCAAAUUUGUGCAUAAAGAAAGAAAAUACAGAAGAGAAAGCCAAAGAUGAUAGCAGCUGCCUGGGAUGUGAACUGUAUAUUUGUGCAAAAAAACAUUCUAAAAAUGUCUUCAAUCUGUCUUUUUUUUUUUUUUUUUUUGGUCCUGUCCUCUUAAAACAUCUCAUUAUUGUUUCAUUAUUGCCCAUUGUUUCUUUCUUCCAUAUCAAUAUCAGGUUUUAAGUGGGAGAUGUUUCUAAUGGCUUUCUGGGGUCCCACAUAAGGUUUGAUGACUA